AUUAACUAGAGUGAAGAAGAAGAGGUUUACGCUUUUCGCCUGGUGACGUCACACGUAGAGCGCAUGAUGGCGGUUGAUUUGACUCCUCGCUUCAGAAGGUUGAACAGCCAAACGAGAAGUUUUCGGGAAAAUAUACAACAUGGUUUCUCAGGGCCCUUUGGUGCCACCCAGCUGUGGCACAACAUCAUCCAGGCCCUGCAAACCCAGGUGGAGGUGCGCCGCUGUAGAAGGCACCUCCGCGUUCAUGCUGGAUGUUUCACAGGCUCAGACGCAGUGGAUGCCGUCCUCAGUUACUUGAUGCAAAAUGUGGUGUUUUGCACAAGUGAAGUGUCUCGACUCAAAGCCGCUCGACUCUGCCAGGCUCUGAUGGAGGCCAAAGUGUUCGAACCUGUGGGUACGAAGCUGUUUCGCAGAGACAAGGAAGUGACCUUUGAAGACAGCAGCUGUAGCCUUUACCGUUUUCUGGAUUAUAAAGUCUCACCAAAUUUUGCCAUGAAGGAAUGCAGCAGUGACACAGAAAACAUGCUACCAGAGGAGAGGGAGACAAAGAGGAAGAAAAGUUCCAGGCUGAAGGAACUGAGGACGAUAUCUAAUCCCCUUGCUGUCGAGCCUUCAGACAGGAGGGUUGAGAGGCUGCUGAAGACCAUCAACCUGCGACCCACCAUAUCUUCAGCUCUAAACACACCACCCUCCACUUCUGCCUUUCUCUCCAAAGCUGUGGUGGAUGAGGUUUGGAAGCAGCAAACACUGCUGCAGCUGUUGCAGAUAGUAGAGGUGCCCAUGCUGGACUGCAUCCUGACCUCUCCUGCUAGGGUUCAUCUCCUGGGCUACAGAACUCCUCUGGCCACCCAGGACCUGGUUAUCUCUAACACAUGCCUGGAGAGAGAACUGCCUGACACUCUUAACUUGCCACAGUUGGAUGGGUGGCUGUCAGCAGCGGCAGACUGCUUGGAGCUCUUUCCCGACCAGCUGAUUGUGGUCGCAGGGGAACAGCUCAGCCAACAAGGUGGAAAUACAUUUUCAGAAGAUGACCAGGCUGAGCAGAUGGCAAGCCAAAAGAGACUUCUGUUUGACACCAUUGCCAAGUACUACAGUGGACAGGAAAAAGCUCCACUACUCUCAGGGCGCCACCUGGACAUACAUGCUGCAAUCCUGAAUUUGUUGGAUGAAGAGAAGGUGCAGGAUGCUAUCAAAGCAUCUCAGCUGUGUUUGCGAUUGUUGGAUACGAGCAUGAGAGAGGAACUCAGGAGACUUCUGGUCUUUAUGGCUGCAGCAGCUCACCCGGAUGCUUGCCAUUUACAGAAACAGAUUGAUAACAGGGCCUUGGUCUGCCGCACUUUUCAGAGAGCAGUUAUACAGAAUCACGAACUGACUCGAUCUCAAAGCGAAAAGCUGGUGCUGUUUUUCAUGGACAAUUGCAAUGAGCUCUUUAAGACACCUACAUCCCUGACUGAAGCUGUGAGGAGAACAUUGAGGACCAUGCAGCAGGGAAAAGACCCUGACUCCAUUGCUACGUUCACCUUCUGCCAGCAGGUGACUCCACAGGAGUACGAGGACCAACGAGAGGCUACCACUUUGGAGAGCCUCAAACAGCUUCUUCGUGACAUAACCUCAAGCCAAACCAUACCUGUAAAGGAGAGGAGGAGGCUCCUCAAAGAGUUUGAGAAACAUCACCCCGUGGUCUUCCUCCAGCAUCUCUCCAGCACCUUCUGAAACAUACACCUGAAGGGUAUUGGUUUGACCUCCUUGGUGCACUUACCAAAUCCUUCUUACACUGAAGAAGAAUAAUUUAAUGCACAUCAUGAGUCUAAUUAAACAUAAUGUCUUUCUAAUUAUGGAUAUUUUAAGAACUGGCAGACACCCACACCUCUAAUCCCACUACACUGUAGUGAAGGAAGGACACCGUCAGUGCAGAUAGUCCUAUAAUUAAGACAAAUGUUACUGCUUUCCCCAAUUCCUUUAACUCACAAGAGGCCUAAAUAGUUGAAGUUGUAUUUGUAGACGUGCUGUCUCGUGCAUGUCUUGUUUUAUGUUUAUAGUUCUUUUCCUGUAGCACUGGAUGCAUUAUCCGUCUGAUAAAUAUUGCAAAUAGAUGAAGCAUUAUGAGAUGUUUGUUUAAGCCAUGGGUGUUAUUAUAGUUAUUUUGCACUAAUUAGUAAACAAAGAUAUCUCGUCUAUGAUAUCAGAUGCUUAAACGGGGUUAGUAAUUUUUUAUUGUACCUUAGUGACACUGAUUUUAUAUUGUAAAGAAUAAUGUUUAAAGAGGCUUGCUUUUGUCUGCCAGAUUGUUUGGGAAUAUUUGUGGAGACUCACUGGAAACCCCUCAGGGACCACCAGGGGUCUCUGGACCCCACUGUUCAAACCACUGAAUUCAUGUACUUCUCGUGUGUGCAGAUACUGUGCUUGGAUAAAACUGAAGUGUUAUCCUUAAGAAAUAUUUAAAUUUGGUUGAUUUGGGCUUUGACAAUGGAAAUGCAGCUUUCGAAAUUAAUGCCGUGCACUUGGAUCGGAUGUGACUAUUCCUACAAAUGAAGAAUAAUAAUGGUAUAGCAGCCAUUUUGUUUCUUGUUUUGGUUUUUCAGUUUACUGUUGCAUUUGUAGAGUGGUUAAGGAAAACACUGCGAAGUGCAACACUAAUAUAGCUGAAUAUGCCUGAAACAGAUUGAAAAUCGUUUUUGUUAGAGAUGAAGUCAGGUCUGUCUGAAGAUUUUAAAAUCAAAGCUAACUAAUAGGGUACCAUAAUGUAUUAGGCUAACUGUAGCUCAGGUUAAUACAACACAUUUUCUAUUAUGUUAUUUUAGGGGGUUAAGCCUGUUUUUAGUAUCUUGGUCAAAUGUCUUUUUAAUAGCAAUUUUGUCAUUUUAUUUGAAAGAUGGACAUUUUAAUGGAAGAUGCAUUUAAUUUAAUGCACUUAAUUUUUUUUAGGAUACUAAUUUAAUCUUUGGUAAAGUGUGAUGCCUCAGCUGGAUUUUAUUUUGUUAAUUCAUGAAGGUCAUUCAAUAUUAAUUCACAGUUAAAUCUCAUUCAAUUCAGCCUCAUGUUCUUUACAUACACUGAAAUCUUGUUAGAAUGCACUUUAUGAUGCUGAAAUGUGCUUUAUUUUCUCUUGGAAUAAUGAAUUUAAUAAAACUUUAAUAGAUGGUUUCUCAAA